AUGUACAGCUGGCUUCAAAGUCAGCAGGUGGCUAAGAGUCGACAAGAAGAGCUGCAGCAGCAAGACGGCAGCCUUGUGGGGCUGCCUAAACGAAGCAGCAGCAGCAGCAGCAGCAGCAGCAGCAGCAGCAGAAGCAAGCAGCAGCCGCGAGAGCAGCGGCAAAAGCAGCACCAACAGCAGCAGCUGCUGCAACAGCAGGAAGGACAGCAGCAGCAACGACAGCAACAGCAGCAGCGACAGCAGCAGCAGCAACAGCAGCAGCAGCAGCAGCAGCAGCAGCAGCAGCAGCACUUACAUUGGCUACGCCGCAUUGGGUCUUGA